AUGGAAAACUCAGAUAAUACUCCGAUAAGUUCAAGUUCAUCUCCACGGCCGUCGCCUAAUCUUGCUGCGGAAGAGCCAGAGCCCAAGAAGGUGAAGAUGUCUACCACUACUUCUGAUGAUGAGCAGUGCACAACUGCUGAAGGCACUAAGAUAAGAUACAAGCGUCGUAAGGUAGCUAUUUUCUUUGCUUACUGUGGCGUUGGUUAUCAGGGUAUGCAGAAAAACCCUGGUGCCAAGACUAUUGAAGGUGAACUAGAAGAAGCCUUGUAUGUGUCUGGAGCAGUGCCUGAACAGGAUCGCGGGCUUUCUAAACGCUAUGACUGGGCUCGGUCUGCUAGAACUGAUAAAGGAGUUAGUGCGGUUGGACAGGUUGUCUCGGGUCGAUUCUAUAUUGAUCCGCCUGGCUUUGUUGAACGACUUAAUUCGAACCUUCCGUCGCAGAUACGGAUCUUUGGUUUUAAGCGGGUGACAGCUUCUUUUAGUUCCAAGAAGUUCUGUGACCGGAGGAGGUAUGUUUACCUCAUCCCUGUGUUUGCUCUUGAUCCGUGUUGUCAUCGUGAUAGAGAGACUGUUUUGGCUAGUUUAGGGUCUGAAAAUGAGCUUGUUAAGUGUUUGGAGUGUUCUGAGAGAGGUCGAAAGGUGGAAGGUUUGGUUGGUAAUAGUAAGCGCAAUCUUGAGAUAGAAGCUGUGAAUGUUGAUACCAAUGGUUUGUCAGACAGAAAUGUUGUGGUUAACUCUGGAGUUACAGAGAAUGUGGAGGUUUCUUUGCGCAAAGAGGGUGAAAAUGGUUUAAAUAAAGAAUCCAUUAACAAUGACGAAGGUAAGGUUUUAGUUGAAGAAGUAAACUCUAAAACUGGUCUUGAGACAGUGGUUUCUGCUGAGAAUAAUUCAGGUGCUCUCGAGGAAGAAAAAGUGAACGGCGACGAUACACCUGUUAAAAAAAGUGUGUUUACUUAUGGUGAGAAGGAGAGGGAGAGAUUUAACAAGAUUUUGAAGUAUUACGUUGGGACUCAUAAUUUCCAUAACUUCACGACAAGAAUAAAACCCGAAGAUCCUUCUGCUCACCGUUUCAUUAUUUCCUUUGACGCAAGUACCACUGUUGUAGUCGACGGCAUGGAAUUUGUGAAGUGUGAGAUUGUAGGACAGAGCUUCAUGCUUCAUCAGAUACGGAAAAUGAUGGGGCUUGCCGUGGCAAUCAUGAGAAAUUGUGCACCCGAGUCACUUAUUGAUAAAGCUUUGCAAAAGGAAGUUAGCAUCACCGUGCCUACUGCGCCGGAGGUUGGAUUAUAUUUGGACGAGUGCUUCUUUACUUCAUACAACCAGAAGUGGAAAGAUACACAUGAAGAGGUGUCGAUGAAAGCAUAUGAGAAAGAAGCUGAGGAGUUCAAAAUGAAGUACAUAUAUUCUCAUAUUGCUUCCACUGAACAUAAGGAAGGAACUGUUGGCCUAUGGUUGCAUUCUUUGAACCAUAGAAACUAUGCAGAUCUGCGCAUCCUCGAUGAGGAAGGUGUCAUGAAUGACAAGAAAUCUGAAGUUGAAGUUGUGACUGAGUGA